AUGCGUCACGUAGCGUUCUUACUAGCUGCCCUAGUGCACUUAAAGAAUCUCGAUGUGGCUUCAGCUGCUAACUCCAUAGCCCAGCGUGAGCGUUACCUUCAACCUCUGGGGCUACCUAGGAGUGGUACACCACCGAAUCAAGAAGAGAGAAACGCUAUUAAUAUUCUCAAUAAUCCGGUCAUCACUAAGCUCCGGGGCGCAGCAAAAUGGUCAACGUCCAAGAUUUUGGAUAAAGCGAAGGUGGGGGCUAUGCGAUUCCAAGGAAAAACUGCGGAUGAAGCCUUCACGCUACUAAAACUCGAUCAGGCUGGUGAUAAACUCCUUGAGAACAAACAGUUCAGCGUAUGGGUCAGCUAUAUGACCAAGACCAACAAGAAGCACCCAAAGACAGCUAUCGUGACAGCGUUGACAGCUCGCUCUAGCGACGAGCGUCUGGCAACGAUGCUGGAAGCCGCGAGAAAAGUGGAUGCAACGAGCGGAAUCGCGACGAAGCUGCAAGUUGCCCACAUGAAAGUUUGGCUGCGCGAGAAAACGUCAAUGGACGCAGUGUUAAAAUUCCUGACACUUGACAAGGGCGUGGAUAGUUUGCUGACAAAUCCGAGUUUCACAGCUCUGAAAACCUAUGUCAGACUAUUCAACAAGCAGAAUCCUGGCAAGGAAACGAGUGUCAUCAAAGAGCUGAUGGUUUUUUACGGAGAUGAAGCUGUAUCCAAGAUGCUCGAGGCAGCUAAGAAGGUCCCCAAUACGCAUGCGCAAGCAACGGCCCUACAGAGCGCGCAAUUUAAACUCUGGUUCGCAGAAGGAGCAAAGCCGUCUCGAAUCUGGAAAAUGCUAAACAUGAAGAAAGCAUCGUGGACGACGAACCCGGAUGCACAGGUUUGGCGUGGGUAUCUCGACUAUUACAAGCUGCAAAAGGCAGCGGCUGUCUCCACAUAG